AUGGAGGUUUUGGGCCCUCAUCCUGCACCAUUAAAAGUUUUUGCUUCUGGGUUUUCUCCGCCGUCGAAUUUCCGACAAGGGUUUGAGAGGUCAAGUCAUGAGGUGGAUUCUCGGAUGCUGGAUAUUACCGUUUCUCCUGCACCAGAUAACGAUUAUAUUACUGGGUUCUCACCGCCGGCGAGUUUCCGACUAGGGUUAGAUCGAUCGAGUCAUCCGGUGGAUUCUCAGCUGCCGGAAAUUGCGGAAGAAAGCGGCUGUGCAGUACACGUGGCAGUCGGAAAAUCUGUGAAGAAGACCGUUGCUUUGCUUGACUGGACUUUUAGGACGUUUGGGAGCAAAGAAAUCUGCAUUCUUCAUGUUCAUCGACCUUCCCCUCUAAUUCCCACUCUCUUGGGAAAACUGCCGGCAAGUCAAGCAAAUCCUGAAAUGGUUGCUGCAUUUAGAAAUGAGGAGAAAGAGGAGACUACAAAGCUGCUAUGUAAUUACCUGAUUAUAUGCAGCAAAUCAAAGGUUAAGGCGAGGGUGAUUACAACUGAAGCUGACGAAGUUCAAAAGGGGAUUGUAGAUUUAGUGAAUACACAUAGCAUUAAGAAACUUGUUAUUGGAGCUAUCCCAGAUUUCAUGAAAGGGAAAAAGAGUUCGUGCAAAGCAAGCCGUGCUGCAAGAGACAUUCCUUCUUAUUGUGAGAUAAGAUUCGUCAACAAAGGAAAGCUAGUCUGGACAAGACAAACCUCUGAAAGCACGAGCUUUGUACCAAUCUGUCCUGCCUAUGCGCAAAACUUAAGAUUUCAGUCUUUACAUAUUGACAAGAAUAAGGCUGAAACUUCUUCACUAUGCGUUGAAAGCUCACGUGAUCCAUUCCGUUGUCAAGAUGUAUCUACUUCAACAAGCUUUAGCUCGGGUUCUGACUACACUUCAGCUGCUGAAUCAAGAGUGUCCUCCGUCUUUAGUACAAAAGCCGAGGAAGAGAGCUUAUAUAGUCUACUGACUGAAUUAGAAAUUAAAGCUGAAGAAUCGAAAGAUGAAGCAUUUCUGGAGCUUUCAAAGCACAAAAAAUUGGAAACUAAUGUCAUGGAUGCCGUCAAUAAGGUCAAAGCUUUGGAAAUUGCUUAUUCUGAGGAAGUCAAACUUCGAGAAGAAGCUCAGGAUGCAAUGAGAGCUACAAUACUGGAACAAGAUGAGCUAGUGGAGGAGACAGAGAAAAUAACUUAUGAGCUACAUAAAACCAUGCGGAAUAUAGCCCUCCUGGACAGUCGUGUACAGGAAGCAAACCGUCGACGUGAAGAACUUGCUGGAGAACUGGAGCUUAUUCAAGCUUCAGUUGCAACUCUGCGAAAGGAAAAGCAAAAACUUCAAAGGCAGAAGAACGAAGCCACACGGUGGCUCGAUAGAUGGAGAAGUCAUGGACGAUAUGGAGAUGCAGACCCCGACAAACCUUUUUGGCUUAAAGGAGAUACUUCUGUAUUGGCUGUAUUCUCCUUGUCAGAUGUGCAUGCUGCUACCUGCAAUUUCUCCGAGAGUUUUAGGAUCGGGCAGGGAGGGUAUGGUACUGUGUACAAGGGGGAAAUGUUGGACAGGACAGUUGCAAUAAAGAAUCUACAUCCUUAUGCAAUGCAAGGGCAAACGGAGGUCUACAAAGAGGUUCAAGUUCUUGGCAAACUGCGACAUCCUCAUGUCGUGGGUUUAAUUGGAGUUUGUCCAGAAGCCUGGUCUCUUGUAUAUGAGUACUUGCCAGGUGGUAACCUACAGACUCGCCUUUUCCACUACAGUAGCAUUGGCCCCCUAAACUGGAAGAAUCGAGCAAGAAUCGUAGCUAAUGUUGCAAGUGGACUUUUGUUCUUGCACUCUUCCAAACCGGAAAAGCUUGUACAUGGUAAUUUGAAGCUGGAAAAUAUCCUCCUUGAUUCAGAGAACAGCUGCAGAAUAAGUGACUAUGGGAUUCGUAUGCUCAUAACAAACAAAACCAUCCGGUGCCCAAGUUUUCGUCAUUGUGCUGAAUCAAAUGGUGCUUUCGCAUAUCAAGAUCCUGAGUUUCAUAGAACAGGAACCCUAACACCUAAGUCUGACAUCUACUCAUUUGGAUUAAUCAUACUUCAGCUACUCACAGGACGAACUACAACAGGUUUAGUGAGUGAAGUUCGCAGGGCUGUAUCCAGUGGGAAAGUAGCAUCCAUAUUAGAUUUAUCUGCCGGCGAAUGGUCAUCAUAUGUGGCUAGGAGAUUGGUGGACUUGGGAUUGCAAUGCUGUGAAUCAAACAGUCGGGAUAGACCUGAACUGAGCCCAACUCUUGUUAGGGAACUGGAGCGCCUUCCUGUAUUAGAAGAGCAAGAAGUACCAUUAUUUUUCUUAUGCCCGAUACUUCAAGAAAUAAUGCAUGACCCUCAGGUGGCAGCUGAUGGGUUCACCUAUGAGGGAGAGGCAUUGCGUGGUUGGUUGGAAAAUGGCCACGAGACUUCUCCAAUGACGAACUUGAAACUGAGCCACUUAAAUCUCACUCCCAACCAUGCAUUGCAAAUCGCCAUUCAAGAUUGGCUCUGUAAAUGA